AUGUCUUUAUUUGAAACAGAAGGAUCGGAAUUUAGGAAUAGCUAUUUACGUAACAGACUUCAAAAUAAUCCUCUUGAAAAUAAUUAUUUUCAAAAUAAUUUUCAACUCCAGUAUCAUAUUAAUGAGCUUCAACGUGGCUUAUACUACCAACAAUUAGUUAAUGUUUUUCGCCAGCUCAACAUAAAUAAAAACAUAAAUGAAAACGUAAUUGAACAUAAAAACAAAGAAAUAAUCAACCAAAAUCAUAAAGAUUUUAGUUAUGAUUAUGAUAAAAAUUAUUCACAUCAAGAAAUAGCUUUUACAUAUAUUGUACUUUGGCGAGCACAACCACAAAAAAAAGUUUCAAAGUUCGGUACUUUUAUUUUAGUUUUUAUGUAG